AUGUUCGAUUCUACAUCACCAUGCGUUUAUGUUAAUGGUGUAAGGCUUCCUUUAAUGGAGGAUUACCGCUUUCCAUUGUAUCAUUAUUUCCCCGAAGGGACGGCCUUGUUCGAUCCAAGCUACAUCCCACCCAUGCGUGUACCCUUGGGCACUGCCCCUGAGCACUUCGGCGUCACGCUGCGCAAGCUGCUUCCCUUCGGUUCCUAUGAGGCAUACCAGGAGGACCCGACCACGGGCGCCCUCCACCCGAGGUCGAUGAAACCCGUCUGCUUGUAUGUCAGCAAUUUGCCCUCUAAUGCGACGCCCGAGAUGCUGUGCAGUUUCUUUGAGAACUUCGACCAGGUCGAAGAGGCGGAUGUGUUGCGCGGUCGCGAUGGCCGUUGCGACGGCCGUGGCUGGGUGGUCUUCAAAGACCCCGCCGCCUCUCUCCGGGUGCCCCGCACCCUCGAGUUCUUCACGGGCCGAGUCAUUUAUGCCGAGCCUGGGGACCGGGACCCGGCCCCACCACAUCGCUACCCGCCGGUGGCGCUGGGCGAUCCUCACAGGGCGAAUGGGGCCUCCGAGCGGCCCGCCGCCGCGCCGGAGGCGGCAAAGCCCCCUAUCAGCCCCAGCGUGCCCCUUCCGCGCAGCCGGAAGCUCACGGGGACGCCUUCCCCCCCCCCGCUCCCCCUGGGCAAGGGCGUUGGGGUGGUCCCGGUUGGGAUGGGAACGCCGGAGGGGACCCGGGCCUCCUCGCCCAGUUCCCUGGCAACCGCGGAUACCGCCUACGUGACCCUCCACCUUUCCGAGGCCGAGGCCGAGGUUGCCGUGCGGGAGAACCAACUUUGGCUCUUCCCCGAGGUCUUCCAGGCGAUCCAUGGCCUGGCCCAGUCCGUGGUGGUCCUCGUGCUCCUUCACAGCGACGUCUUCUUCGGCUGCGCACAUCUCCUCCCCUCCCCCCCUUCCCCUGUCGGCGGGCUGAGGGCGUGCCCCGUCAGAUGGAUCCAAAAGUGCCUGUCACUGCGGGAGGGCGUCCUGCGGAAGGUAGGCGGGCACGGCAUCCUGAACCUUACCGACGGCUCAUUGGUGAAGCCGGAGCUCGCCAUGGCGAUUUGCAAGCUGACGAACGCGCAGCCGGUGGACAGGGGAAGCGGCGGUCAGCCAAGCCCGCCGUAUUCCCCCAACAGCCACGGCGGUUGGUCCGAGGCGUCGGGCAGGGGCCGAAGGAGCGAGGUCUUUCCGGUUAGCCCACAGGGGCGCGGCGUCGGGAGGGCAGGCGGCUUUUUUCGUGAGAACGCCUCCAGCAGAGCGGUACCGGAGCCGCGCAGUAGCCGGCGUGGGCCAUAUCCGCUCCCUAUCCACGCCAACGUCGUGACCGCGCUGUCCACGCACAGGGGAAGACUAAGCAUUCCGACCCCAGCCAGUCGACGCGCGCAAGUGGUGACUAUGCCGCAGAAUACCGAGACCACGGUGGAUUUUCUCAGCAAGUUAUCCGGAGAGGAGCCCGGUGCGGCUUUAUCGGAGCAACACAGCAGUUUUGAUAAGGAAUCCAAGUUCAACAAACCAAAGAAGGAAGCACACACAAGUUAA